CACGAAUCUAGUGGUACAGUUAGGAAGUCAUAGUUUCUCUCUGAUCUGAGAGUGACAAACGUAUGUCUUUUUACAGCUCGUUCUUGCUUUGCUUGAGUCAUGGCAGAGAGACGGAGCGUGAGCGCUGUCCCUGUGAUCUGCCCUAUCUCGUGCCCCGCAAAGCUUGGCAUACCACCUUGAUUGAGCCGAGGGGAUUUUUCGCCUCUGGAUUUGGAUGCUCCUUCAUGAUAUCGACAUUGAUAAAGGAACAUUUCUUAUCAUUGUCCGUUCGCGCCGCUACAAAUCACAUGGCCUAUCUUGAUACGUCUGGCUCUGGUUCGCGUUGACAAUAUAAGAUGAAGUAAAGGACAACAUCAUAUCAACUAUCAAUCUACAUCGAUUUCUGCCGAUCAAUUCAUGAUGGCCGUUGGUACAAAAUUUAGGGAGUACUUGAGCCCUGGAGGCAGUUCUGAGGGCGAGAGGAAGUUGGUGCAGAAGCUCGAUUUCUUCAUCUUGACUUUCUGUUGUUUGAUGUACUUUCUGAAUUAUCUGGAUAGAAGCAAUCUCACUAAUGCAUAUGUCUCUGGCAUGAAAGAAGACCUUGACUUCAAAGGCAAUGAGCUUACGCAAAUUAAUACGGUAUUCACAGUUGGCUAUGUCAUUGGGCAAAUUCCUUCCAACAUCGCUCUCUACUACGUCAAGCCUCGCAUAUUCUUCCCGUCGAUGUUGAUUGUGUGGGGCUGUCUGACCAUGGUCACGGCUGCUACUCACAACCCUCACUCAAUCAUGGCUAUCCGCUUCUUCCAAGCUUUGGCAGAGUCCAGCACCUUUGUCGGAACACAUUACAUCCUGGGAGCUUGGUACACUGAGCGCGAACUCGGUAAGCGAAGCGGUAUCUUCACAGCUUCUGGUCUUGCUGGUACUAUGAUCGGAGGAUUCAUCCAGACUGGCAUUCACUCUUCCAUGGAUGGACUACAAGGACUUGCCGGAUGGAGAUGGCUCUUCAUCGUCGACGGACUGAUUUGUCUACCCGUCGCGAUCUACGGCUUCCUCUUGUUCCCAGAUACCCCAUCAACGACCAAAGUGCCGUAUCUGUCCGAAACCGAACGUGAGCUUGCCCGCUCUCGUGUUCCUCGUCAUGUCGAACGUGCACCAUUCAAUUGGUCCUUCGUCAAGCGAGUCUUUGGCUCUUGGUACUUCUACGGCUUUGUCAUGCUAUGGAUCAUUGCCGGCGAGACAGAGUCGUUCUCAUCCAACUCUUUGCUCGCUCUCUACAUGAAAGCACACCCUGAGCGCAAAUACGCAGUAUCUCAGCUCAACAACUACCCGACCGGUGUACCUGCAGUCGGUAUCGUCUCUACUAUCUUCUGGGCUACACUUACGGAUUUCCUUGGCGGUAAAAGAUAUUUGGUCGGGUACUGGAUCGGCCUUACUGGUAUUAUCACAUCUGCCAUGAUUCUUGCGCCUUCUGCUACCACUGCGUCGACUUUUGGUGCAUACUACUGGGCCGGCUCAGUUUAUGCUUGUCAAGCAACCUUUUUCGCCUGGGCAAACGACGCCCUCCGCUACGAAGAAGACAGUCUCCGCGCCGUCGUAAUCGCAUCCAUGAAUGCAGGCAGUGGCGCCGUAAAUGCAUGGUGGUCCAUCAUCUUCUACUCUGCAGACUUUGCACCCAAGUUCACGAGGGGUGUGUGGGCUAUGAUUGGAUGUUCUAUUGCUUUGGUAAUUUGGACGGCCGGGGUCACGUGGAUGUGUGUCAGGACGGAGGAGAAGAGGGUUAGUCAGGGUGUGGAGACUGAGGAGGGAGGAGAUGAGGCUAUUAGUGUGGACGGAGGUCGUGAUGAAAAGGCUUGAUUGGACAGUAAUUCGAGGCUUUGAAUUUGAUCUGCUUGAGAUACCUCAUUAUCGUC